CCUGGCGGAGCGGCGGUGAACCGGAAGUGGAGGCUGGAGGAUGUAAAAUGGCUUCCAGCGACACGAACCCGAACCUCCAGCCCGUCCGUCAGAGCCGAGCGAGCGCGAGCCGCGGCCGCCACUGAGGCGACAGGAAGAGGCGGCGAGCUGCCAGCAUGCUCUGAGGUCACGACCCCGCCGCAGACAAGAUGGCUGCAGAGCUUUUCCCCACCACCAUCAGCACGGGCGUUCCCAACGGCAACGAGGCCGCCGCCGCCAAGAAGGGCCUGAUCGAGCAGAGGGAGGCGGAGCCUGAGGCCACGAGCGCCAACGCCCAGCAGAACAUCAGCAACAACAACGUGGAACCCAGCAGCUGGCAGAACAGCCACCCCACACUCCGAGAGAGGAACGCCUUGAUGUUCAACAACGAGCAGAUGGCGGACGUUCACUUCCUGGUUGGCCCUCCAGGAGAGACGCAGAGAGUCCCCGCCCACAAGUAUGUGCUGGCGGUGGGCAGCUCCGUGUUCGGCGCCAUGUUUUACGGCGACCUGGCCGAGGGCCAAUCAGAGAUCCUGAUCCCCGACGUCGAGCCGGCCGCCUUCCUCAUCCUGCUCAAGUACAUGUACAGCGAUGAGAUCGAGCUGGAGGCGGACACGGUGCUGGCCACGCUCUACGCUGCUAAGAAGUACAUCGUCCCGGCGCUGGCGAGGGCGUGCGUGACCUUCCUGGAGACGAGCCUGGAGGCGAGGAACGCGUGCGUGCUGCUGUCGCAGAGCCGCCUGUUCGAGGAGCCCGAGCUGACGCAGCGCUGCUGGGAGGUGAUCGACGCCCAGGCCGAGCUCGCCCUGCGCUCCGACGGCUUCUGCGAGAUCGACCCGCCCACGCUGGAGAUCAUCCUGAGGAGAGAGACGCUGAACGCCCGGGAGGCCGUGGUGUUCCAGGCCGCGCUGGACUGGGCGGCGGCCGAGUGCCGGCGGCACGGCCUGCCGCCCACCGCCCUCAACAGGCGGGCGGCGCUGGGCAAGGCGCUGUACCUGGUCCGGAUCCCCGCCAUGACGCUGCAGGAGUUUGCGGACGGGGUGGCGCAGUCCGACGUCCUGACGCUGGAGGAGACGCACGACGUCUUCCUGUGGUUCACGGCGGCUAACAAGCCCCGGCUGGAGUUUCCUGCGGCGCCGCGGGCCGGCCUGACGCCGCAGAGGUGCCACCGCUUCCAGUCCUCCGCCUACCGCAGCAACCAGUGGCGCUACAGGGGGCGCUGCGACAGCAUCCAGUUUGCGGUGGACCGGCGGAUCUUCAUGGCCGGGCUCGGCCUGUACGGCUCGAGCGGCGGCAAGGCGGAGUACAGCGUGAAAAUAGAACUGAAGAGGCAGGGGACCGUGCUGGCCCAGAACCUCACCAAGUUCCUGUCGGACGGCUCCAGCAGCACCUUCUCGGUGUGGUUCGAACACCCGGUGCAGGUGGAACAGGACACCUUCUACACCGUCAGCGCCGUCCUGGACGGGAACGAGCUGAGCUACUUCGGUCAGGAGGGCAUGACCGAGGUGCAGUGUGGGAAAGUGACCUUCCAGUUCCAGUGCUCCUCGGACAGCACCAACGGGACGGGCGUGCAGGGCGGCCAGAUCCCCGAACUCGUCUUCUACUGCUGAACGUUCCGCACCAAGAACCGCCGCGGACGCCGUGUGACUCGACGUGUGACUCGACGUGUGACUCGACGUGUGACUCGACGUGUGACUCCACGUGUGACGAGCUAAUUUAUUGAGACUGAAGGUGUGACGGGUUAAAGUGUCUGAGAGGAAACAAAGCUUUACCGAC